CUGAUUUAGACAACCAAGGACCAGGACUGAUAAGUUUUAGUGAGUCUUAUGGUGGUGAUGUCAGUGGUGCCUACAGUGCUGGUGACAUGGACUCUGAUGUUGAUAUAGAUCUUGACGAUAUUCUUCCUUAUGAUGGAAGGACAGUCACAGUCUAUCCAACAACCUUUGAACCCUCUGUUCCAAAAACUAUUGAAACCAGCCAAGAAGCUAUACCAGUGUAUUGGCCAGUGGAUGAUCAUAAGCUAGAUGUUAUUGACAGAGUACCAGUUAGGGUCGCACAAGACAUAAUCACUGAAAGCACUAAAAGGACCACUACUACUACUCUGACAAAGACUAUCGAUAAUGUGGAUGGUAUACAGAAAGGUGAGUUGAGGACACCACCUGCCUUCACAAAGUUCAUAAACCACUGCCGCCUGUACGAAGCAGAUGAGGCAAGGUUUGAUGUGGCAGUAAUUGGAGAUCCAACUCCAGACAUCAUGUGGUUCAAGAAUGGUAUUCAAAUUGAACACUCACCAGAAUUCCAUGUAAGAGUAGAAGCUGAUGGUUCAAGCAGCCUUAUAGUUCCAAGAACACAGAUCACUGAUUCUGGGCAGAUAACAUGCCGUGCAGAAAAUAGUGCUGGCGUGGCAUCUUGUACUGCCAAACUUAUCGUUGAAGUGCUACCAAGUGAUGUUGAACAAAAGAUGCAUUCAUCAUUGCUAGUUGCUCCUGAGGAGUAUACGUCUGACAUUGAAAUUCUUCUUGAACCUCGCACCAAGAUAACUCCACCAACAUUCACCUCAUACAUGAGUAACCAGGAUGUGCUUGUAGGAAGUACUGUGUCAUUCAAAUGCAGUGUGUCUGGCUACCCAAGACCAACAGUCAGAUGGUUUAAGAAUGGAAAGGAAUUGAGACCAGGCGGUCGUAUUAAUAUCCGUAUAACACAAGAUGGUUCUUGCGUACUUGAGAUAAGAAUGAUCCAAUCCUCUGAUGCUGCUAAGUAUAUGAUAAAAGCAUCAAAUCCUGCUGGUGAAGCAACCUGUGUUGCUGAUUUACAUGUCAAAGUUGAUAUGUAUGACAGUGAUCUCAGUGAACCCAGACGUGAAAUGAAAGUGCACAUACUUCAGGACAGACUUCAACCACAUCCCGGAUAUGUACAUGUCACCAAAGAAAGAGGCCAACCUGAUAUAAUUACACAGCAGGUUAUUACCAGAGAAGGUUCUGAUACCGAAGAAUUUCAAUUCAUUAGAAAAAAAACUACAACAACUACGACAACAACUGUUACUGAAACAGUAACUGAAGAAGAAUCCGCUCCUGAAGAUCAAAUUAGACCUGUGGUACAGCCUCUUAACAUUUAUCCGAUGUCCUUUGCUCCACCGCCAAUCAACAUUAAACUGUCUUUUGAAGGUGUGCCACAUGGUUAUGUCCCAAUACCGUAUGAUGAACAGUUACCCGAAGCUCCAAGGUUUGUGCAGCUUCUGCAUGACACUGUGGCCAUUGAAGGAGAAUCUAUACAACUUGAGUGCUUUGUAACUGGGAGUCCACCUCUCAGAAUUUUGUGGUUCAAAGGCAAGACACCAAUUGCAAAUUCUCCAAAUUUCCAGUAUGUUGUGCAAGGAAAUAGAAUUUUGUUGAUUUUGAGGGAGGUUUUCCUUCGUGAUGAAGGAGAGUAUACAUGUCAUGCUGAAAACAAAUAUGGCACUGCCACUUGCACAACAAGUCUCAAAGUAGUAGCCUCGAAAUCUGACUUAAGUGAAGACAUAUCUAUGCAGGAUGCAUACAAAACAUCAAAGAAAACCACUACGAUUACUGAAGAGAUCCUGACUAGUGACUUGGAGAAACCAGAAAGAGUUAAACCACCGAGGUUUCUAAAUGAAUUGCUUGAUAUUGAGGUGACAGAGGGAAGCACUGCUAAGUUUGAUGCAAAGGUUACUGGUUACCCUAUGCCAGUUAUUAGGUGGUACAGUGAUGGUUUAGAAAUUCAAGCAGGGGGAAGAUAUACCAUUCAAUAUGAUGAUUUUGGUCAUUGCUCACUCACCAUUCUUGAUCUUAAACGAGAAGACUCGGCAGAUAUUGAGUGUAGAGCUAUCAACAUAGCUGGUGAAGAGGCUUCAAGUUAUGCUGACUUGAUAGUUAAACCGACACAAGUCAAAGAGAAGAAACCUAAAAGAAAACGCAAAGAAGCAGGCAUUAUUAUAGAAUCUGGAGAAAAACCUAGAUUUCUUAAGAAAGUUGUGGCUUGUGAUGUCCAGAGAGGCAAAACAGCACAAUUUCUAUGUCAGGUUAAUGGUAACCCUAAACCAAAAGUUACUUGGUUUAAGGAUGGUAGACCAAUUGUAAGCACCUCUAAUGUUACUGUAACUGAAAGUGCAAAUGGCUAUUGCUCUCUAACAAUUCAUCAAGUUGAAGAUACUGAUGAAGGAGAAUAUAUGUGCAAGGCAUUAAAUGAGCUUGGAAAAGCUAUUUGUUAUGCAGAUUUAGUAGUAGACAUCUCUGAAGAUGUAAGAGCUAUAUCAGAUGAAGAUGUGGUUACUGCUGAUGACAUUCUAUUUGAAGUGGAAACAAGUGAAUCCACUUCUGUGAGAUCAGUGACCAAAAUUCUCAUUCCAGUUGAACCAAAGAAGACGUUGGUACCCCAGGAGGUAGCUAAAGAUAUUGAUCAAAAAGAAGUAGUUGUAAUGCCUGUGUCUUUCACUGUAAAAGAACCAGACUCCCAAGCUCAACUACCAGACUAUAUUGAGGAACCUUCAUCAGAAUCAUUUAUGCCAACAAUUGUAGUGCCACUGCAAGAUGGUGUUGGCCAGAUUGGUAGAGAUGUUAGAUUAGAAUGUAAAGUAUUUGGAAUACCAACACCAGAAAUAAAAUGGCUGAUGAAUGGAAAACCUGCACAUGGAAAUCGAUACAUCAGUCUAUUAGAAAUGGAUGGCACAUGUAUCCUUGUGAUAUCCAUUAUUAAAGAUGAUCAUGGGGCAAUUUAUGAGUGCAGAGCAACAAAUGUUUUAGGAACAGCAUUUACAAGUUGCAAGAUCAUGGUACUUGCAGAAAAGACAGCGAUUUCUGAAGGAAUUUCUGACAGAUUUUAUCCUGUUGAGUUUCAGGUUAAGGUUCCUAAAAUGGAAGAAGAGUCUGAAGAUGCAACAAAGAGACUAGUAACAGAAAGCAUUUUUAAACCGAGCGCAGUGUUAAGACAAAAGUCAGAAGUUGAAGUUGAACCUAAACAAGUGGAUUCUAGGCAUGGUGUGUUGGAGUUUACAUUUCAAGGAAGACAGGAUGCAAGAGAUAUUAAAGUAGAGGCUGUUCCUAAGGUUGUCAAUGUGGUUUCUGAGAACUAUUUCAAACAGAGACAAGUAGCUGACAGACAGAAAAGUGAAGCUUCUGUUGAACCGGCAAAAGUAGAUGUUAAACGACCAGAACUUGAAUUCACAUUCCAAAGAGACAAUAUUAAAGUGGAGGCUACUCCUGAAGAAGCUAUUCCUAAGGAAGUUGUCGAUGUGGUUUCUGAAAGCUAUUUUAAGCAGAAACAAGUUGUUGACAGGCAGAAAAGUGAAGCUUCUGUUACACCAGCAAAAAUGAAUUUCAAACAACCAGAGCUUGAAUUCACAUUCCAACGAGGACAAGAAGUGUUUGGGGAGGUUAUCAUUGAAGGUUCUCCUGAAGGCACUAUAGAAAGCAGGACAGUGCUCAGUCAUAAUGGUGAAUCAAUUGAGACAAUAACCAAGACAACAAAAACUACAGUAACUGAAACCAUAACCACAAUGCCAACUGAACAAGAUGCUCGUCAACAUGAUGUUCAUGAGAGACAGACAUCGAUUCUAGAAAUCAGUGGUAAGCCUGAGACUUUUGAGCCACUUGAAUUUAUAUUUGAUACACAAGGUGCUGGCUUCUCUAAAGACAGAGAAAGGGAACACAUGCCAGAUGAAGAAGUGCAUCUAUCUUCAAUUGACUUUCAAAAACCAAUUAUGAAAGAAAUAAAAUCUGAUCCAACUAUUGCAGAACCACAAACAAUAAAAAUGGCAUUCCAUCCACCAGAAAGAGUUGAAAUUAUUCUUAGUCCAGAGAAAAUAGAAAAACCUUCUUUCAAUAUUAGUAUCCAACCUGUAGACAAGAAAGAAGUACAUGUUGAGACUGAGAAGGUUAUUGAAGGAGAAAUGCCAAAAGAUGAAUCUUCAUUAAUAAUUCCUGAAGAAACUAUUGAUGUUGACUUUCAUGAAAUAUUGCAAUCAGUUGAUAAGGCUGCAGAAGAGCAUGUAGAAAAAUUUUAUGAACCAGAAGAAUUUUCUCCAAGAGAGAUGAUAUUUGAAAUACAUAAACCAGAAGCUAUUGAGCAAAUACAAGAAGAUAUCAUUGAGCAAGAACCACUAUUAAAAUUGGAUUUUGUUAAACCAGAUGUGGUUGAACAUAAACCAAAUGCAGAAGAAUUGUAUCCAGUUGAUAGAGCAGAGGUGAACUUAACAACUCCAAGGGUUGUAAGACCUCUAGAUGAUAUUGACAUAAGUGUUGGAGAGGAUGCCAGAUUAGAAUGUCAAAUAACAGGUAAACCACGGCCACGUAUAACAUGGCUGCGUGAUGGCAAACCAGUAGAAGGUAAACGAUUUUUUUCAUUGCAUGAACAAAAUGGAACAUGUGUUCUUUUAAUAAGUCCAGUAUGUAAAGAGGAUGAUGCUGAGUUUGAAUGCCAUGCUGAAAACUCAGAAGGCGUUAUAUCAACCUAUGCAGACAUGAUAUUAAUGGAGUGUAAAACAGCAGUGACUAAUGAGUUACAUAAAACAGAUGUGUUGAUUGAUACAGAAGAUAUACCUAUACAGCCAGCAGAAUUACAAAUACAAGUGCCACAACCUUCCGAAUUAGAAGAGCUAGUACCAGAAUAUGAAGAUUAUGUUGAUAUACAUGAAGAACAGCUUUUAGAAAAUGUACCAACUGUACUCGUACCUCUGCAUGAUUUAGAAGUUCCACUGGCUGGAGAUGUAAGACUAGAAUGUCAAAUAAUUGGCAACCCCCCACCAACAAUAUCAUGGAAAAGAGAACAGGAGUCUGUCUCCGGUGAACGUUAUGUAGCACUACAGGAAAAAAAUGGUUACUGUGUGCUAUUAAUCAGUCCAGUUACUGAGCAGGAUGAUACAGUAUUUGAGUGCAAAGCAGAAAAUGUUGUAGGCACCGUAUCAACCACAUCUCAAGUAACUGUGACCAAAGAUACCACUAUUAAAGCAACGGAGAUUCAUGAAACUGAAGUAACUAUGCCUUCCCCUGUUAAAAGUAUUCAACCUCAAGAAAAGAAAGAAGUACAUUUUAAGACUGAAGAGAUAAUUCAAGAAGAAAAAACAGAUGUUGACUUAUCAGUAAGUCUAGAAGAAUGUAUUGAUGUUGACUUUGAUCAAAUGUUAAAUUCAGUUGAUACUGUUGUGGAGAGGCAUGUAGAAGAAUACCAUAAAGCAGCAGAAGUAUCUCCAAGAGAGAGCACAUUUGAGAUUUUUAAACCAGAAUUUAGUGAGCAAACACAAGAAGAAAUUUUUGAUGAGCAGGAGUCACCAUUAAAAUUGGAUUUUGCUAAAAAAGAGCUGGUUCCUAUAAAACAUGUGGAAGAAUUGUGUUCAAUUGAUACAGCAGAUGUGAUAUUAGCAGCUCCAAAGGUUGUAAGACCUUUAAAUGAUGUGGACAUUGGAAUUGGAGAUGAUGCCAUAUUAGAGUGUCAAAUAACAGGUAACCCUCGACCAGAUAUAACAUGGCUUCGUGAUGGCAAACCAGUAGAAGGUGAACGAUUCAUUUCAUUUCAUGAAAGUGAUGGAACAUGUGUCCUUAAAAUAAAUUUAGUAUGUGAAGAUGAUGAUGCUGAGUUUGAAUGCCAUGCUGAAAACUCAGAAGGUGUUGUAUCAACUUAUGCGGACAUAAUAUUAAUGGAGUAUGAAACAACAAUCACUGAUGAAUUCUAUAAAACAGAUGUUUUGAUUGAGACAGAUGAUGGACCUUUGCAGCCUGUAGAAUUCAAAAUACAAGUGCCACAACCUUCAGAAUCAGAAGAGCUAGUACCAGAAUAUGAAGAUUAUGUUGAAAUACAAGAAGAACAGCUUUUAGGAAAUGUACCAACUGUACUGAUUCCUCUGCAAGAUUUAGAAGUUCCACUGGCUGGAGAUGCGAGACUAGAAUGUCAAAUAAUUGGCCAGCCAAAACCAGCAAUAUCAUGGAUAAGAGAUCAGGAGUUUAUCUCUGGUGAACGGUAUGUAGCACUACAAGAAAAAAGUGGUAACUGUGUGCUUUUAAUCAGUCCGGUUACAGAGCAGGAUAAUACAGUAUUCGAGUGCAAAGCUGAAAAUGUUGUGGGCACUGUAUCAACCACAUCACAAGUGACUGUAAACAAAGAUACUUCUUUUGAAACAACUGAGACCCAUGAAGCCAAAUUAACUAUGCCUUCUAGAGUAACGAUUAGUAUUCAACCUGUAGAAAAGAAAGAAGUACACAUUAAGACUGAAGAGAUAACUGAAGGCGAAAUGCCAGAUGUUGAAGAAGUAUCAUUAGAAGUAAUAGAAGAAUGUAUUGAUGUUGACUUUGAUGAAGUAUUAAAAUCAGUUGAUACAGUUGUGGAGAGGCAUGUAGAAGAAUAUCAUGAAACAGCAGAAGAUUCUCCAAGAGAGAUGACAUUUGAGAUUUCUAAACCAAAAAUGAUUGAACAAGUACGAGAAGAAAUUAUUGAGGAAGAACCAGAGUUAGUUGAACCUAAACCAGAUGUGAUAUUGGCAGCUCCAAAGGUUUUGAGACCUCUAAAUGAUGUGGACAUUGAUCAAAUACAAGAAGAUAUCAUUGAGCAAGAACCACUAUUGAAAUUGGAUUUUGUUAAACCAGAUGUGGUUGAACAUAAACCAAAUGCAGAAGAAUUGUAUCCAGUUGAUAGAGCAGAGGUGAACUUAACAACUCCAAGGGUUGUAAGACCUCUAGAUGAUAUUGACAUAAGUGUUGGAGAGGAUGCCAGAUUAGAAUGUCAAAUAACAGGUAAACCACGGCCACGUAUAACAUGGCUGCGUGAUGGCAAACCAGUAGAAGGUAAACGAUUUUUUUCAUUGCAUGAACAAAAUGGAACAUGUGUUCUUUUAAUAAGUCCAGUAUGUAAAGAGGAUGAUGCUGAGUUUGAAUGCCAUGCUGAAAACUCAGAAGGCGUUAUAUCAACCUAUGCAGACAUGAUAUUAAUGGAGUGUAAAACAGCAGUGACUAAUGAGUUACAUAAAACAGAUGUGUUGAUUGAUACAGAAGAUAUACCUAUACAGCCAGCAGAAUUACAAAUACAAGUGCCACAACCUUCCGAAUUAGAAGAGCUAGUACCAGAAUAUGAAGAUUAUGUUGAAAUACAAGAAGAACAGCUUUUAGGAAAUGUACCAACUGUACUGGUUCCUCUGCAAGAUUUAGAAGUUCCACUGGCUGGAGAUGCGAGACUAGAAUGUCAAAUAAUUGGCCAGCCCAAACCAGCAAUAUCAUGGAUAAGAGAUCAGGAGUUUAUCUCUGGUGAACGGUAUGUAGCACUACAAGAAAAAAGUGGUAACUGUGUGCUUUUAAUCAGUCCGGUUACAGAGCAGGAUAAUACAGUAUUCGAGUGCAAAGCUGAAAAUGUUGUGGGCACUGUAUCAACCACAUCACAAGUGACUGUAAACGCAGAUACUUCUUUUGAGACAACUGAGACCCAUGAAGCCAAAUUAACUAUGCCUUCUAGAGUAACGAUUAGUAUUCAACCUGUAGACAAGAAAGAAGUACAUAUUAAGACUGAAGAGAUAACUGAAAGCGAAAUGCCAGAUGUUGAAGAAGUAUCAUUAGAAGUAAUAGAAGAAUGUAUUGAUGUUGACUUUGAUGAAGUAUUAAAAUCAGUUGAUACAGUUGUGGAGAGGCAUGUAGAAGAAUAUCAUGAAACAACAGAAGUUUCUCCAAGAGAGAUGACAUUUGAAAUUUCUAAACCAAAAAUGAUUGAACAAGUACAAGAAGAAAUUAUUGAGGAAGAACCAGAGUUAGUUGAACCUAAACCAGAUGUGAUAUUGGCAGCUCCAAAGGUUUUGAGACCUCUAAAUGAUGUGGACAUUGAUGUUGGAAAGGAAGCUAGAUUAGAGUGUCAAAUAACUGGUAAUCCUCGACCAGAUAUAACAUGGCUGCGUAAUGGUGAACCAGUAAAAAGUGAACGAUUCAUUUCAUUUCAUGAAAGUGAUGGAACAUAUGUUCUUCUAAUAAGUCCAGUCUUUGAAGAGGAUGAUGCUGAAUUUGAAUGCCAUGCUGAAAACUCAGAAGGUGUUGUGUCAACCUAUGCAGACAUAAUAUUAACAGAGUAUGAAACAACAAUUACUGAUGAAUUACAUAAAACAGAUGUUUUGAUUGAGACAGAGGAUAGGCCUUUGCAGCCAGUAGAAUUUAAAAUACAAGUGCCACAACCUUCUGAAUCAGAAGAGCUAGUACCAGAAUAUGAAGAUUAUGUUGAAAUACAAGAAGAACAGCUUUUAGGAAAUGUACCAACUGUACUGGUUCCUCUGCAAGAUUUAGAAGUUCCACUGGCUGGAGAUGCGAGACUAGAAUGUCAAAUAAUUGGCCAGCCCAAACCAGCAAUAUCAUGGAUAAGAGAUCAGGAGUUUAUCUCUGGUGAACGGUAUGUAGCACUACAAGAAAAAAGUGGUAACUGUGUGCUUUUAAUCAGUCCAGUUACAGAGCAGGAUAAUACAGUAUUCGAGUGCAAAGCUGAAAAUGUUGUGGGCACUGUAUCAACCACAUCACAAGUGACUGUAAACAAAGAUACUUCUUUUGAGACAACUGAGACCCAUGAAGCCAAAUUAGCUAUGCCUUCUAGAGUAACGAUUAGUAUUCAACCUGUAGACAAGAAAGAAGUACAUAUUAAUACUGAAGAGAUAACUGAAGGCGAAAUGCCAGAUGUAGAAGUAUCAUUAAGUGUAGUAGAAGAAUGUAUUGAUGUUGACUUUGAUGAAAUAAUAAAAUCUGUUGAUACAGUUGUGGAGAGGCAUGUAGAAGAAUAUCAUAAAGCUGCAGAAGUUUCUCCAAGAGAAAUGACAUUUGAGAUUUGUAAACCAAAAAUGAUUGAACAAGCACAAGAAGAAAUUAUUGAGCAAGAACCAUUAUUAACAUUGGAUUCUGCUAAGCCAGAGUUAGUUGAACCUAAACCAGAUGUAGAGAAAUUACGUCUGGUUGAUACAGCAGAUGUGAUAUUGGCAGCUCCAAAGGUUUUGAGACCUCUAAAUGAUGUGGACAUUGAUGUUGGAAAGGAAGCUAGAUUAGAGUGUCAAAUAACAGGUAACCCUCAACCGGAUAUAACAUGGCUGCGUAAUGGCAAACCAGUAAAAAGUGAACGAUUCAUUUCACUUCAUGAAAGUGAUGGGACAUGUGUUCUUCUAAUUAGUCCAGUCUGUGAAGAGGAUGAUGCUGAAUUUGAAUGCCAUGCUGAAAACUCAGAAGGUGUUGUGUCAACCUAUGCAGACAUAAUACUAAUGGAGUAUAAAACAACAAUCACUGAUGAAGUACAUAAAACAGAUGUGUUGAUUGACACAGAGGAUAGGCCUUUGCAGCCAGUAGAGUUUAGAAUACAAGUGCCACAACCUUCCGAAUCAGAAGAGCUAGUACCAGAAUAUGAAGAUUAUGUUGAAAUACAUGAAGAACAGCUUUUAGGAAAUGUACCAACUGUACUGGUUCCUCUGCAAGAUUUGGAAGUUCCAGUGGCUGGAGAUGCAAGACUAGAAUGCCAAAUAAUUGGCAAGCCUACACCAACAAUAUCAUGGAUAAGAGAUCAGAAAUUCAUCUCUGGUGAACGCUAUGUAGCUCUACAAGAAAAAAGUGGUAGCUGUCUGCUUUUUAUCAGUCCAGUUACAGAGCAGGAUAAUACAGUAUUUGAGUGCAAAGCAGAAAAUGUUGUAGGCACUGUAUCAACCACAUCACAAGUGACUGUAAUGAAAGAAACCUCUUUUGAAACAAAUGAGACCCAUAAAUCCAAAGAAACUAUGCCUUCCAGAGUUAUGAUUAGUAUCCAACCUCUAGACAAGAAAGAAGUACAUAUUGAGACUGAAGAGAUAACUGAAGGGGAAAUGCCAGAUGUUGAAGUAUCAUUAAGUGUAGUAGAAGAAUGUAUUGAUGUUGACUUUGAUGAAAUAUUAGAAUCGGUUGAUACAGUUGUGGAUAGGCAUGUAAAAGAAUAUCAUGAAGCAGCAGAAGUUUCCCCAAGAGAGAUGACAUUUGAGAUUUGUAAACCAAAAAUUAUUGAGCAAGCACAAGAAGAAAUUAUUGAGGAAGAACCAGAGUUAAUUAAACCUAAACCAGAUGUGAUGUUAGCAGCUCCAAGGGUUAUGAGACCUCUAAAUGAUGUGGACAUUGAUAUAGGAAAGGAAGCUAGAUUAGAGUGUCAAAUAAGAGGUCACCCUCAACCAGAUAUAACGUGGCUGCGUAAUGGCAAACCAGUAAUAAGUGAGAGAUACAUUUCAUUUCAUGAAAGUGAUGGAACGUGUGUUCUUCUAAUAAGUCCAGUAUGUGAAGAGGAUGAUGCUGAGUUUGAAUGCCAUGCUGAAAACUCAGAAGGUGUUGUAUCAACCUAUGCAGACAUAAUAUUAACAGAGUAUGAAACAACAAUUACUGAUGAAUUACAUAAAACCGAUGUGUUGAUUGAGACUGAGGAUAGGCCUUUGCAGCCAGUAGAAUUUAAAAUGCAAGUUCCAAAACCUUCUGAAUCAGAAGAGCUUGUACCAGAAUAUGAAGAUUAUGUUGAAAUCGUGGAAGAUACAUCUGUAACUGAGACUCAUACAACUGUAGUAACUAGGACAACAGAAUUUGAGACCUUUCAACCGAUUGAAUUAGUGAUAGAAAAUGAGGGUAAAUUUAUUCCAGAGUACGUAGAAUAUAGGGAAGAGGAAGAAUCAGAAAAAGAAGUAUCGUUUGAGCCAUUACCAAAAACUACAGAGGAAGCUGUCCAAGAAAUAACUGUUACUGAACAUGUUGAAGUGGUUUUUGAAAAACCAUCGUUAUUAAUCAAGGUGGAACUGUAUGACGUUUAUGCAAACACUGGGCAAGAUGUCAGAUUGGAAUGCCAAAUAGUUGGUAAUCCCUCGCCAAAUCUAAGCUGGAUAAAAGAUGGUAAAGUGCUGGAUAAACCCAAUUGCAUUUGUUUAUUUGAAGCUGAUGGUACAUGUGUUCUCAUCAUUACACCAUUCAGUGACCAAGAUCAAGGUUUAUAUCAAUGUGUAGGUAUCAAUCCUGCCGGCAAGGUUGUAACAUCGGCAGUGGUAAAAUGCAAUGAAGUACCAGGAGACAUUAAUGGUGAAGUUAAGAGCAAGCCAAAAGAGAAGCAUAUUCUUGAUAUUGGCUUGAAUACAGCGAUAAAUGUUGUCAGUGAUGAUUCUGGGAUGAUCAAGAAAAUAACAAAACAAAGAACUAUAACAACAACUACAAAAGACACAGCUGAUGUGGUAGAUGAUGAUGUACAAUGUACCCAGGACAUAGACCUACCUCGUGAGAAUAUGCUUCAGAAGUUCAUGGAUUCAUUGCCUCUUGAAUCAGACCAUGCCAUAGAGGACAUUGUUGACUCAGAAGUGACUGAAGAGCAAGUUGUAAUGGAUAAAUUUAAGCAAGAAUCAAGUGCUGGUUUCAGAAAGCAAAAUGCAAUUGACAAACAAGUACAAUUGCCUCAGAAACCUCAAGUGAAUAAGAUGGAACCUGUACAUGUUGAGUUGAUUCAAGGUUACAAGGAAUUUGUUGAGGUUGGUCAAAAACCACAUGUUGAAAUACCGAUUGAAUCAUUUCAACCUCAAAGCAUGCCUGUUACUCAAGAAGAACAACCCCUACUUCAAAUAUCAAUUAAAUCUUCCCAGCCAAUAUCAGAAAAACUGCCAGAAAAAUCAGUAGAGGUGAAAGUUCUAAAAGAGUCCAGAUUUGGAAAAGUUGAACAAAUCGAAACAGACACCAUAGAAAGAGACACACAAUCUCUUCCAGCAGUUGAAUUGAAACUAGGAGAAAAAGUUGAACGAAGCAAAGAACCUAUUGAAAUAUUAGAAGAAGAACAUCUCUCUAGAGUGACCACUGAUGGUUGUACACCUUUGCCAAUUGAGAAUAUACCAAUGUCUGAAAAGUUUAAAGUUGAUAUUGAUGUUCAAGAGCCUAAAUAUGCAAACGAGCAAGGAUUGGCUCUGGCAGAAAUUGUGAUUGAUGUUGAGACAGAUGGAAUGAUAAAACAGGAUAUUAUUCAAAAUGAAACAGUAACUGAAAAAAUGGAAAUAAAUAUUAAUAAUAAACGUGUAUCAACAGUUGAGGCCAUUACAAUUGAUCAUGUGGAACAUGUUACAGAAAUACCUCAAUAUGAAAUAAUAACUGAAAGUGCUGAAGUAGCAGAUCUGGAUUCUGUUGCUAUUCAUUUUCAACCCACUGAAUAUACAGAAAUGCAACUUCAGCCUGAAGAACUGCUUCAAGGAGAAAUGCCAGAAAUAUGUUAUUCUGUUCCAGUAGAACAUAUUUCAGUAGAUUUUGGAGAAAUUUUGCCUUCCAAAAAAAUGGUUGAAAAAGAGAAAGCAUAUCCAGUUGAAGUUGAAGACAUCUCUUCUGCCAAAGUGACAUUUAAUAUAUGCCAGCCAGAGGCAGUUGAACACCUUGACGAAGAUAUUAUUGAAGAGUUUCCAAAAGAAGAAACCCAAUCUGCUGUACGAAAAAAAUCUAAUAUUGUAGAUGUGAUGUAUGAAUCUGAAAAGGUUUUAAAGGUCUUAGAUGAGGUUGAUGUUGAAACACCAAUUGAAACAUUUCAACCUAAAAGCAUCCCUGUUACUCAGGAAGAUACAUUGAUACACGAACAUGAGCAAGAAAUAAAAAUACCAGAGGAACAACCCAAAUUUCAAAUAUCAAUUAAAACUUCCCAGCCAAUAUUAGAAAAACUCACAGAAAAGUCAGAAAUACAGAAAGCAGAGGUGGAAGUUUUAAAAGAAUCAAGAUUUGGAAAAUAUGAACAAAUUAGAACAGACAUUACCAUAGAAAGAGACACACAGUCUCUUCCAGCAGUUGAAUUGAAACUAGGAAAAGAAUUUGAACGAAGUGAAGAACCUUUUGAAAUAUUAGAAGAAGAACAUCUCCAUAGAGUGAGCACUGAUGGUGGUACACCUUUAUCAAUUGAGAAUAUACCAACAUCUGGAAAGUCAAAAACUGACACUGAUGAGCAAGGAUUAUCUUUGGUAGAAAUUGUGAUUGAUGUUGAGACAGACGAGAUGGUAAAACAGAAAGUUAUACAAGAUGAAACAAUAACUGAAAAAAAUGAAGUGAAUAUUAUUGAACGUAUAUCAACAGCUGAGGACAUUAAAAUUGAUCAUGUGGAACAUGUUACAGAACUACCUCAAUAUGAAAUAAUAACUGGAAGUCUUGAAGUACCAGAACUGGAUACUGUUGCUAUUCAUUUUCAACCUACUGAAAAUACAGAAAUGCAACUUCAGCCUGAAGAACUGCUUAAAGGAGAAAUGCCAGAAAUAUGUUAUUUUGUUCCAGUAGAACAUAUUUCAGUAGAUUUUGGAGAAAUUUUGCCUUCCAAAGAAUUGGUUGAAAAAGAGAAAGCAUAUCCAGUUGAAGUUGAAGACGUCUCUUCUGCCAAAGUGACAUUUAAUAUAUGCCAGCCAGAGGCAGUUGAACACCUUGAUGAAGAUAUUAUUGAAGAGUUUCCAAAAGAAGAAACCCAAUCUUUUGUACGAAAAAAAUCUAAUAUUGUAGAUGUGAUGUAUGAAUCUGAAAAGGUUUUAAAGGUCUUAGAUGAGGUUGAUGUUGAAACACCAAUUGAAACAUUUCAACCUAAAAGCAUCCCUGUUACUCAGGAAGAUACAUUGAUACACGAACAUGAGCAAGAAAUAAAAAUACCAGAGGAACAACCCAAAUUUCAAAUAUCAAUUAAAACGUCCCAGCCAAUAUUAGAAAAACUCACAGAAAAGUCAGAAAUACAGAAAGCAGAGGUGGAAGCUCUAAAAGAAUCAAGAUUUGGAAAAUAUGAACAAAUUAGAACAGAAGUUACCAUAGAAAGGGACACACAGUCUCUUCCAGCAGUUGAAUUGAAACUAGGAAAAGAAGUUGAACGAAGCGAAGAACCUUUUGAAAUAUUAGAAGAACAACAUCUCUCUAGAGUGACCACUGAUGGUGGUACACCUUUAUCAAUUGAGAAUAUACCAAUGUCUGGAAAGUCAAAAGUUGACACUGAUGAGCAAGGAUUAUCUCCGGUAGAAAUUGUGAUUGAUGUUGAGGCAGACGAGAUGGUAAAACAUAAAAUUAUUCUAGAUGAAACAAUAACUGAAAAAAAUGAAGUAAAUAUUCUUGAACGUAUAUCAACAGCUGAGGACAUUAAAAUUGAUCAUGUGGAACAUGUUACAGAACUACCUCAAUAUGAAAUAAUAACUGGAAGUCCUGAAGUACCAGAACUGGAUACUGUUGCUAUUCAUUUUCAACCUACUGAAAAAACAGAAAUGCAACUUCAGCCUGAAGAACUGCUUAAAGGAGAAAUGCCAGAAAUAUGUUAUUCUGUUCCAGUAGAACAUAUUUCAGUAGAUUUUGGAGGAAUUUUGCCUUCCAAAAAAAUGGUUGAAAAAGAGAAAGCAUAUCCAGUUGAAGUUGAAGACAUCUCUCCAGCCAAAAUGGCAUUUGAUAUAUGCCAGCCAGAACCAAUUGAACACCUUCAAGAAGAUAUUAUUGAAGAGGUUCCCAAAGAAGAAACCAAAUCUGCUGUACCAAAAGAAUCUAAUCUUGUAGAUGUGAUGUAUGAAUCUCGAAAAGUUUUAAAGGCCUUAGAUGAGGUUGAGGAUGAUGUUGAAACACCAAUUGAAACAUUUCAACCUCAAAGCAUCCCUGUUACUCAGGAAGAUACAUUGGUAGGUGAACAUGAGCAAGAAAUAGAAAUACCUGAGGAACAACCCCAAUUUCAAAUAUCAAUAGAAAUUUCCCAGCCAAUAUUAGAAAAACUGCCAGAAAAAAAAGAAAAAACAAAAUCUGCUAUACCAAAAGAACCUAAUAUUGUAGAUGUAAUAUAUGAAUCUCCAAAGGUUUUAAAGGCCUUAAAUGAUGUUGAGGUUAAUGUUGGAGAUGAUGCUAGAUUAGAAUGCAAAAUAUCAGGUAGUCCGCAACCAAAGAUAACAUGGCUCUCUGAUGGAAAACCUGUAAAGAGUGAUCGGUUCCUCUCACUCUAUGAAAAAGAUGGAACAUGUGUUCUUCUAAUCAGUCCUGUUAUGAGAGAGGAUGAUGUUGAAUUUGAAUGCCAUGCUGAAAACACAGAAGGCACUGUAUCAACUUAUGGAGACAUAAUUAUUUCUAGAUUUGAAACUGAUGUAAUACAUAAAAAAGAGGUUUCAAUAGAUGCAGGACAUCAGAAUUUACAGUUUGUAGAACAGCAGAUUGAAAUACCAGAAGAACAAACUGAAGUUGAAUUUGUUAUUGAAGCUACCAAUAAGGAUGUACCUCAUAAACAGAUUGAGGAUAUUUCUGUAUCUGAAAAUUUGAAGGUUGAUAUUCUACAAGAGCGGCAAGACACAGAAAUUUGCUCUGUUAAUUUAGUUACUGGUGUAAAGGAAGAAGAGGUAGUAAAUAGUAAAUUUUCUGAGAAAGUUGUGACUGAAAAGAUGGACAACAAAUUAUAUGAACUAGAAUUGGUAACAAAUUAUGAAGAGAUGAAAAUAGUAAAACUGCCAGAGCAAGUACUUUACAGAGAUAGAGAUAUUUUUGCUCCGACAGAACAUGUUCCAGUUGAAAUGUCUCCUUCAAAGGAAUUUGUUGUUGAUGAACAAGAGGCAUAUCCUAAGGAAGUGAAAUACCUCUCUUCUAUUGGUAUUGAGUAUAAUGUAUGUAAGCCAGAAACUCAAGAAGAUAUUGAACAAGAUCUGACUGAUGUUUCUGUGCCAACUAUUGAACAACCUGAUAAUGUUGUAGCUCAGCCACAAGGUGAGGAACCUUUAACAUUGCCAAAAAUAGAUUCAAAAUUGACCUCGCCUAAAAUGGCAGUUAUAGAACAAGAGUUGGAAACACCAUUGAAACCGGUAUUGGAAAGGGUGUCAGAAAGUGCACAGACAAAACUAAAGAUUAUAAAAAGGCUAGAUGAUGUUGAAACUUUACUUGGCAAUGUUGUUACAUUGCAUUGUCAAAUUGAAAGUUAUCCUGAGGCAGAAAUCCAAUGGUACAGGAAUGGAACUUUGUUGUCAAAAGAUGACAAGUAUGAGAUGUUGCAGAAUGAUCAUGGUAUUGCUGAGCUUCACAUUAAAUCUGUAGAAGAGGAAGAUGACACAGAAUUUGAAUGCAGAGCCACCAAUUCUGUUGGGAAAGUAUCUACAUACUGUGAAGUCAUAAUAGAAGAGUUGCGAUUCAAGAGGGGAGCAUGUACUGUAAAACAGAAGACUAUGAUAAUGUCAACAUGUGACCAAUUGGAGCUUGUAAAUAUAGAACGCCCUCUAGCAAAGUCAGACAAUAUUAAUUCUGGUACGCAUAUCUGCUGUCCUUAUCCAUUCCUGAAAGAAAGACAAGCAGUAAUAGGCACAGUUCCUUGCUUUGUUAAACAACUUUUUCCUGUUGCUUGCUGUCUUGAUGAAAGUGUGCAUUUUACUACUAAGGUUGUUGGUAUUCCAUAUCCUUCAAUUCAGUGGUUCAAGAAUGGGAGACCUGUUGUUGGAGAAAGAUAUUGUGUUACUGUCAAUACUGAUGGAUUAAUAGAACUAAGAAUAAACCAUGUAUGUUUUGGAGACAUUGGAACUUUUGAAUGUAAAGCAGUCAACUGCCAUGGUGUAGCUAUAGUAAUAACCAAGCUUACUGUUAAAGACGAUUUGAAUAUUCUGACAGACAAUCAAGCUAAUGAUGUACCUUGCUUAUAUGUUGAUAAGGAGGUUAAAAGUGAUUCUCAAACUUUGUCAAAAUUUAACAAGAUUAAAAUGUUUGAAACACAAAGUAAUAUGAAAUCAGUUUUUAAACCGAUAAUAUUUCUAAAACCACUUCCACCCGAAAUUAAUACUGACAUUGGAGGUACUGUGAGAUUAGAAUGCAGCAUUUUAGGCUAUCCUAAACCUUUAGUUGAAUGGCUUAUAGAUGGCAAACAUGUUACUGGUGAUCGAUUUGUGAGUAUACAUAGUAAUGAUGAUCGAGCUGUUCUUGUCAUAACGCCUGUAAAGCAGAGUGACCAAGGAAUAAUUCAGUGUAGAGGAUCACAUCCAAUGGGAAGUGCAUCUUGUUUUUCAAUGUUGAACGUUUUUGAAAAGGCCAGGCCUAAACAAUUUGUCACCAAAAAAUCUCUUAAAGCAGAGGCCUCAACACUAUUACCCCUGGUUCAACUUCCAAAAUUAGUGAUACAAAACUGUGAUGUUGAUCAAGGGGCUUUUCAAUUUAUAGAUAGCAAGCCAAGGCCUUGUAGUACUGAACAUUGUAGUACAGUACAACAAUUAGAAAUAUUACAAACAGGAAAAAUACCAAAUGAGAAUUUUAUGGUAAAUAGUAGUGAUGAGGAGAAAAAGAGGCAUGAAACAAAUGCAACAGUGACUGGUAAAUCUGUUUUAAUGUUUGAUUCUGUAAUUUGCAAAAGACCUCAGUCUGUUAUUCACAGAAAUCUUCUAAGUAAUACCGAUGAUGACUCUGCAUUAGAAGAUGAAGCCAGCAGCUCUAUAAACAAGCAGUGUCCAAUACAAAAUGAAAGAACUGCAGUGAUUUCAAAUGAAACAAAAAAAGAUUGGCAAGUAGAAAAAUCACUUUCAGAUUCAACAGAAACUGCUGCAGUUUUUGGUAGUUUUGUUUCAAGUAAAACUACUGAAAUUAUUGCAAAGACAGAAUACAGUUUAGAACAUGACCUUAUUCAAUCUUUAGAGAAAGAUUGUCAAGUCAAUUUCCAAAGGAUUGGUUCAAUUUCACAUUCAAACAAAAUUUUAAGAAAAUCUGAUGAUUCUAAAAUCCAUGAACACAAUAAUGAAUCCACUUUGAACCAUAUAGAAACUUCUAUAGAAAAAGGAAAUGUACAAAUAGAAAGAAGUUCAUAUUCAACAGACUCUGACGAUUCUCUAAUUAAGGAAAAUAUUCAGACCGUAUCCUACAAACAAAGUGAAAGAAACAUGCAUGGUAUGUUUGAAAAUGAACAUUUGCAGCAGCUAACAUUUUGUAAAGAAUUAAACAAUUGUAGAAGUAAAGUUGGAGGUACUGCUUGCUUUGAAUGUCAAGCUACUCCCAGUCCACUAACCUCUGUAAUGUGGUUUAGAGAUGGUAGUUUACUAACAGCAGGCGAGAGAUUUAUUAUGAUUAAUGAUUCAGAUGGAAAUUGUUUUUUGGUCAUAUACCCAAUUUUUGAUGGUGAUGAAGGAGUUUAUGAAUGCCAAAUUGGAGACCAUAAUCAUCGGACUUCUACAUUUGGUAGCUUGAUCCUUGACAGGGAAGUGGAGAAGUUAAAUACACUGAAAUCAGUUAAGCUAGAUGAUGAAAUUAACAAUAGUGCAACACCUUGGAUGGAUAAGAAGUCAAAUGUGGCAUAUAAUGUACAACAUGGUAUUAUGAAUGAAGAUGAUCUUGUCAAGUCGGAAACCAUGGUGAUUCAGGAUAAGUUUCUUGCAGCAGGACCAUUACAUCUUCCAGGAGUUGCUGAACCACAAUUAAUAGUUCCAGAAGAUACUAGCAAGACCAAAGAGGGUAAACCAACAGAUAUAACAUCUGUACAGAAAAUGUUGAAGGAUGUUAUAGAAAAUGUUCAAAGCCCUAUAUUUACACGGGAGCUGUAUAUGGUACAAACACAUAAAGAUACAGAAGUGAGGUUUGAAUGCCAAGUUACAGGAAACCCACAACCUUCCAUCAAAUGGUUCAAAGCUGGAGAACCAUUACAGGGUGAUGGAUAUGUCAUUCUCAAUCAAAUUGAUGGGAGUUCUAUGUUGCUUAUAUCAAAUGCAACUGAAGAAGAUGAGACAGUGUUUAAAUGCAGAGCCACCAAUGAGCAUGGGGAGGCGCAUACUUCUGCUGCCCUGGAGUUGUUGGCUUUUGACAAGGAAGAAGAUGUAUUGGAGUUGGCUACAGGAGAAAGGAAAUCAGAACCAGAAGAGCAGAGACUAGAAAUCAGAGAAACAAAGUCUAGCCCAAUUUCUCAAUUGUCUGUUCCACCUCCAACACCACCUAAGGCAAAGGUGGAGGUUACCAUGCAACCUCCUCGCUUCAUAACUACGCUUGAAGAUUUAGAGAUAGUUGAGGGUAACAAUGCUGUAUUUGAGGUUCAGGUAACUGGGAGUGCACCAAUCAGUAUCAGAUGGCUGAAGGAUGAACAAGAACUUGAGCCUUCAAAAGACUUCAAGAUCCGAUUUGAUGGAAAGUUCUAUGUUUUGGAAAUAGUAGAUGUUUUUGUGGAUGACUGUGGAAACUAUGUCUGUGAGGCAACAAAUCCUGUUGGAUUGGCUGUUUGUGAAGCAAAACUCAAUGUUACUGAAGAGCCCGAUGAGCUUCCUAGACUAGAAGAAUCAAAACCAACUCCAGAAGAGAAAAAAGUACCAUCGCAUGACAUACCAGUUAUUGAGAUCCAGCCACCUGUUGAAAUAUCAGCCAGUGUCAUUCAAUUUGUACCAAAGAAGCCACAUGUCACAGAAGAAUUUGUCCAAUCUGAAUUCCAUUUUCAGGUCGAAGAAGCCCCAAUAUCAGAGGUCUCUGAACUGUCAAUAAUCCCAGAAGUGGAAGAAUGUGCUCCAUACUUCACUAAAGUACUUGAAACAAAGUCAAUUGCUGUAGAUGGAGAAUCUGUAUUUUUCCAGUGUGCAGUUGCUGGUGUACCUAGACCUCAGGUUACAUGGUAUGUUGAUAACAAUGAGAUUACAGAUGAGCCAGAAUAUAUUGUCAAACAUACAGAGGAAGGCAUUUGUGAAUUACAUAUUCAGGAAAUUAUACCGGAAGAUGAAGGUUAUUACACAUGCAAAGCAGUUAACCAUCUUGGUGAAGUUACAUGUACAGCACAGCUUCUUGUUGAAGAAGUAAGCCUGACUGUUACUGAAGCAGAUGCUGUUGUGAAAUCUGAAGAAGAGGUUUCCGUUGACUUAUCGUCAUAUGAAGCAACUAUACAGACUGAAGAAGAACAAAUUACUCAAACAGUUGAAGAAACCACCACUGGUGAGGAAGAGAAGAUGAUUAUUUUCACCACAGAAACAGAGCCUGUAAUUCAAUUUCAAGAACAAGAAAAGCCGGUAGAAAUUCCUGACCUGAAAAGUAAACAGGAGGGUAAAGAGAAACCAAGUAAUUUUGUUGCAUUGGGGAGCUACUUAGCUGAAUCUGAUGAAGUUAUGUCCAUCAGAGAAGGAGAAGAUUUGCAUAUCCUAGACAGCACACAUGGUGACUGGUGGCUUGUGAGGAAAAGCACUGGAGAGGAAGGGUGGGUUCCUUCAUCUUAUCUGGUUUCAACAGAGCAGUAUGAAGAACACCUUGAGGAAGAACUGGCCAAUAGUAUGCGAGCAUUACCAACUGGAACAGAGUUAACACUUCAAGGUGAAGCCAAAGCCCCUCACUUCAGUAAACCACUUGAAACAACAAAAACCAAAGACAACAAACCGGUGACACUAAAGUGCUGUGUUGAGGGUUACCCUACACCCAUUGUUGCUUGGUAUCGCCAGAGUACUUUAAUACCUGAAUCACCAGAUUUUGAGGUUAGAUAUGAUGGGAAAGUGUGUACUCUGACAAUUAAAGAUGUACUUCCAGAAGAUUCAGGGAAAUAUACAUGUGUUGCUAAAAACCAAGUAGGAGCUGCAUCAAGCAGUGCCGAACUUCUUGUAGAAGUGAGUGUAUCAGAUGCUGAGAGUAUUGACAGUGGCCACACUUUACAAUCAAGAAAAUCUUUAUCAAGGGAAUCCACAGUAGAUGAACCAGAAGGUCUUAAACCAGCCUUCAUGCAACUUGCUAAGCCUAAGUCAGUACAGGAAGGCACAAAAAAGGUUGUAUUUGAGUUUAAGUUAAUAGCUGCUCCAAGGCCUCAAAUAGCGUGGUAUCAUGAUGGUCUUCCCCUUGAAGAAUCUAAACAAUAUAAAACCUCUAUGUAUGCUGAUGUUCACCUUUACAUCCUGACAUUGGAGAUCUUGGAUAUUGUGGAUGAUAAUGAGGGCAACUAUAAAGUGGAGGCUAAGAACAAAGAAGGAGAAGCCACUGCAGUUGUCAAGUUAAAUGUUAGCAAAGCUACUCCAGAACCACCUCGAUUUGUACAACCCUUGUCCUCUCUCACUGUCCAAGAAGGUGAAAUUGCAAAGUUUGAAUGCAUAGCAACUGGUGUACCUAGGCCAGACAUCACAUGGUGUAGAGACAAUCAAGAAAUCAACCAUGGUGGUGCCUUCAAGAUACAUGAUGAUGGCAAAGACAAGUAUAGUAUUACCUUAAAAGAUUCUGUCCCUGAAGACUCUGGGACAAUCACAUGUUGGGCUGAGAAUGAUGUUGGAAGAACCAUGUGUGGUGCUGAACUUACUGUCAUUGAAGAACCUGUGCAAACUGAAGUAACAGUUAUGAAGCAUGAAGAGGUAAUCACUACUGAGAUUAAAAUGGAACACAAACCAAAAGUUACAUAUGCUGUUGUGGAGGAAGAAGUAGAAGAAAUUCCUGCACCACCUACCUUUGUUGUACCAGCUGCUGAUGUGGAUGUACAAAAGGGUGCCAUUGCAGAACUAAGAGCAAAGGUUUCAGGCUCACCCAUGCCAGAGGUGACUUGGUACAGAGAUGGCAAGGUGGUGCAACCUAGUGAGCGUUACCUAAUUAUGAGCGAUAAUGAAGGUAAUGUAUCUCUUAUCAUAGCUGAUGUGCGGAUUGAAGAUGAUGCAGAGUACCUGUGUAAGGCAAUCAACAACUACGGCGUAACCUCUUGUAGAGCAGAUAUUAUUGUUGAAGAAGAACCAACAGAAAUGGCUGAAGCCGCCUCAAAAGCAAUGCAGGAAAUAUUUCUUGAGCAAGCAAAAGUUGAGGCUGAGAUCAUAAUAGCAAGUGAAGUGUACUCUGAGUCUGAGGAUGCACUGGAUGAUGACAACUUUGAAAUGGUGGAAGAAGUGGCAGCACUGACCAAAGAAUUAAGUACUGAAACAGUUCCUGCAGUUGUUGCAGAAGAGCCAGUGGAAGAAUCAGUAGUUAAAGAUGAACAAUUUGAAGAGCCUAAGUUUGUUGAAGAGAUGGUGGAUAUGGAAAUAAUCAAGGGGCAUCCUGCUCAAUUUGAGGUACUUGUAUCUGGAAUUCCACGUCCAAUAAUUAGCUGGUUUAAAGAUGGCAAGGAGAUCUUCCCUGAUGAUCAUAUUUUAAUGGAGUAUGAUGAAGAUGGCAUGGCAUGUUUAACUGUCAAAGAGACAAACAGUGAUGAUGAUGCAGAAUACACUUGUAAAGCUGUUAACAAAUUUGGUGAAGCAGUAUCCAAAGCAGACAUUUUUAUUCAACCACAAUAUAAAAAACCUGUUGAAGGAACAAUGCCAACAUUCAUAGAAGAGCUAAAAUUUAUCAGAGCCUAUGAGGGUGAUAGUGUUAACUUCAUCUGUAAAAUUAAAGGCAUGCCAGAACCAGAUGUGAUGUGGUACAAGAAUUCAAUUGAAAUAAAACCUAAUCCAAAGGUUUCAAUGGACUAUGAUAAAGAUGGUUUGUGCAUACUUCUAAUAAGAAAUAUUGAUGUCUCAGACAAAGGAACCUACAUGUGUAAAGCUGUAAAUAAGAUUGGAGAAGCUGUCACUAUGUCAGAUUUAGUCAUUGAAGUCCCAGCAAAGAUUUUGGAUGGGCCAUCAACAAUUACUGUCAAUGCUGGUGAAUGUAUAAAAGCAACCUUCACAUUUACUGGAUUUCCAGUACCAACAGUGUUCUGGUCACGAGGUUAUGUUGAAGUUGAGGAGACCGAACAUAUUCAUGUUGAGACUCUUGAGACUGAAACUAGUUUGUUGAUUGAUAAAUGUGUUGCUAGUGAUGCUGGAGAGUACGCUGUUGAAGCAGAAAACAAUGCUGGUGGACAAGAGCGAUAUGUUAAUAUUAUUGUAAAGGAUGUUCCUGGCAGUCCAAGCAAACCUCAAGUUUCCAAGAUUACAAAGACAUCAGUCCAGCUAACCUGGCAACCACCGCACAUGGAUGGUGGAUAUGAUGUCAGUCAGUACCAUGUGGAACAGCUUGAUUUUCAUCAACAUACAUGGACCCUUGUCAAAUCCUACAGCAAUAUGUCUGUUGAGAUAGAUAACCUAUACCCUGGAAAUGAGUACUGCUUUCGUGUCAGUGCUGAGAACAUUCUUGGUGUUGGAGCACCUAGUGAAGAAUCUGAUACCAUUACUACAGACAAAUCACCAGAGCCACCAAGAUCGUUGGAUAAGGUCGACACUUUGGGACCCCGAGGUAUGACAGGACUCGCUGAUCUUCUAGAGUGGGAUGUAGUGGGCCUAUUGGCUGUAUUUGUGGCUUUCUGCUAUUUGUUAAUGUCAUUCAUAAUUUAAUGAUACUAAAACAGCAUUGCAGCAAUUGGAUGAAAGACAGUAAAGUUGUUUAUUGAAAGUAACAAUACAAAGUUGAUAGUAGAUGUUGGUAGCAUGGUACCAUUUGUCAGGCUUGUCAAGCAUGACCUGCAUGUGAUUGGAGUGACAAUUCACAAUGAACGUCUUGAAGAUAAUUGAAGUGUAGAUCCUUUGAAACACAGUGACAAAAUUAGUUAACUGAACAUGACAUAAUUUUUCUUUUUUCAUAGUCUUUCACAUUUUAAAGUUCUUAAGAAUGAGUUGUUUACAAUGUGUUUGUUAGCUUCUGUUGGUGUUUAAUACCAUAUAUAUAGAAAAUAAAUUAACAUAAACUAAAGUUUAAAAAUUAAGGAAAGAUGCCUUUUGGUAGGAGUUACAUUAAAUUAAGUAUUGGGCUAUAAUAAUUUUGUAUAACAUACUUAAUAAUUACAAAUGUGAUAAAUUAUUAAAUUUAAUGAUACCUAAAACACAUUAAUGUUGAAUAAAAAAACAUUUUUGUCAGUUGAUUGUAAGAUAUAGUACUUAAAUCUUGAUGCAUGUCUAGAAAGAAAAUGCUGUAGGUUUAAAUAUUAAAUUGUUUGUUAACUUACAUAACAUUUGUUUUUCUAAUAUGUUUGUAUUUUUGCACCAAUGGCAUGUACAAUUUGUUUUAAUCACCUUGUUUGUAGAUAAUAUUAGAUGUGUAUGUAUGUUAGUGACAACCUAAGGAAUUUUGUAUAUA